AUGCAGGCGCCUCCCUUCCCCCCCUCGAGGUCUCAUCAAGGAGGCCCCCCCUCCAUGGGGGGCCCCCCCUUCGGUUUCCCGCCGAACGGAAUGGGGCCCCCGAACUUUAGUUGCCCCCAGGGGGCCCCUCCUCCUCCAGGGCCCCGUGGCAGCAACAUGGGGCCCCCCGGCCCUAUGUUCCCCCCGCCGGGUGGUAUGGGGGGUCGUCCUCCUUUCCCUGGGGGCCCCAUGGGGGGCCCCCCACCACCAGGGGGAUUCGGGGCCCCUCCUUUCCCUCCUCCAGGCGGUGCAUUCGGACCAGGGGCCCCCCCGUUCGGGGGUCCUGGGGGGGUUCCUCACGAAGCAGCAGCAGCAGCAGCUGCAGCAGCAGCAGCUGCUGCUACCCUAGCAGCAGCAACAGGAGGAUUUGCGGGUCUUCCGUUUGUUCCAGGUGCACCUUGUGGUCCUGGAGGGGCCCCCGCGGGGCCCCCCCCAUUGGGUAAGAUGGGGGCCCCCUCUUUAGAUGAACACAUGAAGAAUGUCAGACCCUCAGACUAUGUACCUAUAAAAGCAGACAAAGCAAGCCGGCGAGGUGGUGGUGGUGGUGGUGGUGGGUCACAGCAGCAGCAGCUGCUGCUGCAGCGGCUGCAGGAAGAUGGAGACUUUGGCCGGCUGAUGAAGAUGGCUAAGGAGCAGCUGCAGCGUGAGGGUUUUGUGUUUGCUGUGCAGCAGCUAGUUGCUGCUCGUAUGAAGGAAGCAGAUGGGCUUGCUGCUGCAGCAGCAGACUAUGUACCUAUAAAAGCAGACAAAGCAAGCCGGCGAGGUGGUGGUGGUGGUGGUGGUGGAUCGCAGCAGCAGCAGCUGCUGCUGCAGCGGCUGCAGGAAGAUGGAGACUUUGGCCGGCUGAUGAAGAUGGCUAAGGAGCAGCUGCAGCAAGAGGAAAACCGCCGCAGCCGCAGCCGCAGCAGCAGCAUCAGCAGGAGACGCAGCAACAGCAGGAGCAGCAGCAGGAGGCGGGGCAGCAGCAGCAAGAAGAGAAACACCAGAGGCAGGGGUAGAAGUCUCAGCAGCAGCAGCAGCCGCAGCAGGAGCCGCAGCAGCAGCAGCAGCAGACGCAAUAAGUCAUCAAAGAGGAAGGAAUCAGACAAAGAUAGAAAGAGAAAGGAGACAGACAAACACAAGAGCAGCAGCAGCAGCAGCAGCAGCAGCAGCAGCAGCAAAACAAAAGAUAAAAGCAGAGACAGUAAGAGAAAGGAGGAAGCAGAUACAAGCAAACGCAGCAGCAGCAGCAAGGCCCAUGGCAGAGCAGGAGACGCAGCAACAGCAGGAGCAGCAGCAGGAGACGGGGCAGCAGCAGCAAGAAGAGAAACACAAGAGGCAGGGGUAGAAGUCUCAGCAGCAGCAGCAGCCGCAGCAGGAGCCGCAGCAGCAGCAGCAGCAGACGCAAUAAGUCAUCAAAGAGGAAGGAAUCAGACAAAGAUAGAAAGCGAAAAGAGACAGACAAACACAAGAGCAGCAGCAGCAGCAGCAGCAGCAGCAGCAAAACAAAAGAUAAAAGCAGAGACAGUAAGAGAAAGGAAGAAGCAGAUACAAGCAAACGCAGCAGCAGCAGCAAGGCACACAGCAGCAGCAGCAGCAGCAGCAGCAAGCGACAUGAAAGCAGCAGCAAGAGACAUGAAAGCAGCAGCAAAAAACACAGCAGCAGCAGCAAAAAACACAGCAGCAGCAGCAGCAGCAAGAGACGUUGAUAGAUCUGUUGUCUCCUUCAAAAGGAGACAGCCUCAGCUGUCUCCUUUUUCUUCUUUGUCUCCGUCUCUCUUUUUCUUCCGUCUCUCUCUGCUUCUCUCUGUUUUCUUUCUGUCUAUAUACAUAUAA